GCGGCGGUACUUUCUAGUGGUGCGAUGUCCUUUGUCAUUUUCCACACGGAGCGUAAUUACUGUGCGCUGUUCAGCCUGAUGUAAUCUAAUUGAGCAGUACGGCAUUUUCAUUUUUCCAUUUACUUGCCUGGAAUAACAUGGACACACCGAUGGAGUGAAGCGACGGCUACACGCACAGCAGGCACGGCUGGCAACGGAUAGGCUGUCCCCCGUACCUACACGUAUCACUGCCUCGUCACUGCAUCAAGACGAUAUCGCACACUGUGGAUGCGAUCAUUGAUGUCUGCCGUAAACUCCUUGAGUGCUCCACAUUCAUCUCAGAUCAGCUUACCUGUGGACAACAGAGUGUCUUCUGUUCAGUUUCGUCCGACUGAUGAAAAGUAUUUUCAAGAAGUCUACUCAAUAUUUGCGUUAAUUUACAAGAUGUUCCGAAUUUAGAAAUACACACUGUUUCAUUUGAAUCGACGGUCAUGGUACAUAGUUUGGGAUCAAAAGUCUUGUGUUUUCCUCAGUGGUCCGCGUGAAGGAAACAACUGACAACCUGCCAAUCAAAGUGCAUCAAUGAUCUCCGCACUUCUGUUUCGGAUAACUCCCAAAAUUCAAUCAUCACAGUAAAGUUUGAAGACGACAUUUAAGUUGAGCAUUCGCCUUGUACACAUGUGUAGGGGUUGCACAGUCUGCAAAUAAAAAUACUGACUUUAGCUACUGGAACUCAUUCGAAUCACGCGAGGUACUUCUUAUCAAAAACAUAUAAGUCCUACCAACAUUGCAAAGACGUUGUUAGAAGUAAAGCAGCAAUGUAUUGUUACCAGUGUUCGUCCAUUCACGCACCGCCAUCACAACUCGAUGUACCGUCUACAACUUGUGAGGGAUCAAGCUGCUCAUACGGUGAUCUUUCAUACGUCAGUGAUGCCGACGAUAGUUUUGCUCGAAGGAAGCAACGACGAAAUAGAACAACGUUCACGUUGCAACAGCUGGAAGAAUUAGAGACUGCCUUUGCUAAGACGCAUUACCCAGAUGUAUUCACACGAGAAGACCUGGCUAUGAGGAUCAACCUAACUGAGGCUAGAGUUCAGGUUUGGUUUCAGAAUCGAAGAGCAAAAUGGCGGAAAGCCGAACGAAUGAAGAGCGAACAGAAAGCUGGAGGCCACAUUAGCGACUCCAACUCCAAUGAGGAAUCGGCCAAGAUGGAGGCCGAUAACUCGCCAGAGUCUACCACAGGUGGGGAGGCAGAUGAUUACGUAAAUGCAGAGAGGACUUCGACAAGUCCACGUGUGGUUGUGUCGCCAGCUGUUGUCACGCCCAGAUCUAACAUUGCGGCCACACCUAUAUCGCCUGGAUCUCAAGGACACACCCCUGUUUUGUGGGCGGGACCUGCUCCACCAGGUUUGGAAAGAUACACCCCAGCUCUGUGCUCAUUUCCCGCAUCAAUGACCACGCCUUACGCAUCGCAGUUAAUAUCGUAUGCCGCACGAAAAGGAUCGUACAAUCCAUUCAUGUAUGGAAGCUACAGCUUGGCAACCAAUCUGAAGUCGCCGCCUUUGUCAUCCUUCGCUGUGUUGGAAAAUCAAGAAAAGCGGUCUCUUAGUUUGGCAGCUCUGCGCAUGCGUGCCAAAGAAUACAGUGAGGCUGUUGCUAGGGCAGCGGUAGGAGGUCCCCAAGCCUCGAUCAUGUGACCACAAUACGGAAUGUUAUUUUAAUCCAAGUUUAUUAAUAAAUGUUUGACCUAUUUUAACGAGUCAUGUAGGUUGACUGUUUCAAUAAAUAUCUAAAGAUUAGUCCAUACAGGGUUCUUUGCAUCCUUGAGAUGGAUUAGGUGUUGUAAUUUCUCGCUGCAUAUAAUGUUUGUGUUAUUGCAUACAUUUGAAAAAAAAAGGUAGUAACAGUGACUUGGUGUAAUAUAAAGACUAUAGCCUACACCCAAACAAUCAGUACUGAAUGGGUUGAAGCCUUCAACUUGUCCAAAUUUGGUACGUGACACUGAUUCAAAUAAAUUGUCUUCACGAAUGAUACUCGACCCUUAUAAUGUCAUGAAAUCAAGAAACGAACUCAUUUGUAUGUGUAAUAUAAAUGUGAAACACAAACAAAUAAGAGGACAAUGGUUUUAAAUGCAACUCACAAUGACACACAAAGUAUUACUACGUUUGCGAUGAGCAGAUUCGGUAUUUAAUCUUGAUCUGGUGUUUUACUCGCGUCUGUGACAAUUUUUUCACGUAGCCACGUAGUAACUUGUCCUUAUUAUUGUUGUUUUCAGCAUUUUUCACUUUACCAUUACAUGUAGUAUUGUUUAUGUAUUGCAUGGUUUGCAACGAUAUCACUAUGAGGAGUGAAGCCAUUGUUUUAUAAGGAAUUUCCACUUGAAAAUAUAGGUCGACUCUCCGUUCUAUUUUUGAGUUUCACCAUAAAAAGUUUGGAAUGAGACACCGACCGAAAAUAUCCAUACCCAUUUAGUUAUGGAGUUAUGACUUAAAACAAUUCAAAAUAUUUGCAGCGUGACAAUAAUUCAGGGAUUAAUUCCCAAAGGGCGUAUAUUUUUGUGAAAGUUAGGGGUGUAAAAAUAAAAGCGUUUUGUUUUCGCAGACGAAAAGGAAGGACGGUAAUUUUUUUUUCAUGAAAAUACAAAAUUCAGCGUAUAUAUUGAAAAGGACGGACAAAUAAUGUUAACAAUAAUGCACAGGUCAUGAGGGUAGUUUCUCGCUAACACUAUUUGCCUUAAUUAUUAAAAAAAAAAAAAAGAAGAAAAAAAAAAGAACCACUUUCGUUUUAAUUUUUGUAAAUACACGCAUAUUUGUUUGUUUUUAAAGUUAUUUUGGUAUUUUAAAAUCGAUAUUAAAUGAGGCACGUGAGGCACGUUAUCAGGAUAUUAUCAAAAUUAAAUCUAGCGUAGAACACAUGGCCCUAGUUAUAAAGGCACAAUUUCCUCAAAGUUUCGCUUUGUUCCAAACGUUUCAGAUCUGGCAUCACAUGGGAAGUACUUUCGACCUCCAAAUCGACAUUGUUCCGGGGAGAGAGAUAGGCAUAAUUAUUAUCAGCUUGGGAACACGUUUUUCGGCUUUCAAAACUACUUUUUUUGUAGUUCCUCUUUUCACUUUAAAUGCUGCAUUCUAAUUUAAUUCCUACUUUAUUUAAUUGUGAUUGAAAGGAAAGUAAUGAGGGCGUUUUUUUUUAAAUUGACCUUCAAACUGGUCAAGCAAUGGUUCGGGCUCAGUCAUUUAGGUUGCACGUGCUAGUUGUCAAAAUGCGUGGACACGCACUAAUCUGCCUCUGCCCGAGGGUCGAUCUACGCGCUCCAUACUUCAAUCUAAUCAAUGUCUAGAUGCCUGGAAGUCACGCCCCUUCAACUUGUUAGUCUUGCUACGUUAACAAGUUUUAAUCUUGUCGGGAGGGGGGCAUAUGGGAUGCCAGGGGUAGAGAAGACUUAUGAACGGGGAUGGGCACAGUGCAAUCGCCUCUGUCAUUGGGUGGUAAAUAAUUGUUCAUUGAAUUACAGAAAAGGUUCAAGGUUGAACUUUGGAUAUAGGAGGAGGAUUAAUUGAAUUAUUGAAUGUGUACACCUGCUUGGAUUACACCUCUUGUGCAUUUUGCCAUGGCUGUAUAGCAGGAAUGAAUUUAAUGUCUUUUUCACAUUUUUUUUGCUAAAAUCAACAUGCAAUGGAACCAUCUUCUGUUUAAACAGAGAGGAGAGUUGCAGCCCCUCCAGUUGACACGGUAAAUAAUAUACAGGAAAAUAAAUAUUGAAAAUUGUGCAUGUACA